AUGGCCCGGGGUCCUGGCCCGCUAGGGCGGCCUCGCCCCGACCCGGCCGCCAUGCCCAAGCGCGGGAAGCGACUCAAGUUCCGGGCCCACGACGCCUGCUCGGGGCGAGUGACCGUGGCGGACUAUGCCAACUCGGACCCGGCCGUCGUGAGGUCCGGACGAAUCAAGAAAGCCGUCGCCAACGCCGUCCAGCAGGAGGUAAAAUCUCUGUGCGGCCUGGAAGCCUCUCAGGUUCCCGUGGUGGAGGCUCUCUCUGGGGCCGGCGAGCCCUGCGAUGUCCUGGACAGCAGUGAUGAGAUGGAUGUGCAAGAGGAGAGCAUCUAUGAGAGGCCCGUCUCCAGAAAGAAGAAGAGCAAGAGGCACAGAGAAGACCUGGAUGGGGCUGGGGGUGAAGAGUACCCCAUGGAUAUUUGGCUCUUGCUGGCCUCCUACAUCCGUCCCGAGGACAUUGUGAAUUUUUCCCUGAUUUGUAAGAAUGCCUGGACUGUCACUUGCACUGCUGCCUUUUGGACCAGGUUGUACCGAAGGCACUACACGCUGGAUGCCUCCCUGCCUUUGCGCCUGCGCCCAGAGUCCAUGGAGAAGCUGCGCUGCCUCCGUGCGUGUGUGAUCCGAUCUCUGUACCAUAUGUACGAGCCCUUCGCUGCUCGAAUCUCCAAACACCCAGCCAUUCCAGAAAGCACGCCCAGCACGUUAAAGAAUUCCAAAUGCUUACUUUUCUGGUGCCGGAAGAUUGUUGGGAACAGACAGGAACCAAUGUGGGAAUUCAACUUCAAGUUUAAAAAACAGUCCCCCAGGUUAAAGAGCAAGUGCGUGGGAGGGUUGCAGCCUCCUGUCCAGUACCAAGAUGUUCACACCAACCCCGACCAUGACUGCUGCCUCCUGCAGGUCACCACUCUCAAUUUCAUCUUUAUUCCCAUUGUCAUGGGGAUGGUAUUCACCCUGUUUACGAUCAAUGUGAGCACGGACAUGCGGCAUCAUCGAGUGAGACUGGUGUUCCAAGAUACUCCUGUGCACGGGGGUCGGAAACUGCGCAGUGAGCAGGGUGUGCAAGUCAUCCUGGACCCGGUGCACAGCGUUCGGCUCUUUGACUGGUGGCACCCUCAGUACCCGUUCUCCCUGAGAGCGUAG